AUGCUUACACAAUUUGUUACCAAACCAGUGAUCACCGUUACAUCUCAUGGUCAUGGUGGACAAGUUUCUGAUAGGAUCUCUCAAGGACAAAGUCAAAAAGAAAUAAGAUUCAGCAAACUUGGCACCGAACACAGUAACCCAAAGAAGGUAAGACAUCCACAUAUCCAAUCCUUUCAACUUGUAGAAGUUAGCAGUAAAAGUUUGAGAAGCCAUGUAUCUUCUAGAUCUCUUUGCCAAGUAAGGGGUAAACAAACCACCCAAAGGCAUAAUAGCGAAGAAAACCAUAGUUGCUACAGCAAUGAAGAAACCAACAAUAGAAAUGACGUGGGCAGACUUCGAGAUCGCCUGCAAACCAGCCCAAUAGAAAGUGUAAACCACUGGAGCAAGGUUGAGGAAGAAAAUCAAAAUCAAAAACAUCAAACGACGAGUCAAAUGCUGAGCACCGGCCCAUUCUCUUGGAACGAACAUCCAUUCAAAUAA